AUGGAUUCAGAUCUAGGGAAAACCUGUACUGUGAUGGAAAAUAGGGAAGGAUGCCUCCUUAUUCCCAGAAACUUCAGGAAAUUUUUUAAAUUUUUGAGUCUAGUUGAUGGCAGUGAUGAAAGCGCUCAUUUGAAACUCUUCCAUUCACGAAGCAGCAAUUUCACCAAGAGGUUACGGUCUUUGGUCAAACAAUUAGAGAGAGGCGAGGCUUCGGUGGUAGAUCUUAAGAAGAAUUUGGAAUAUGCGGCCACAGUUCUCGAAUCUGUGUACAUUGAUGAAACCAGUCUUUCUCCCUGCCCUGCCAUGCAGGAUGUGGACAAGUGGUCCUUUGAUGUCUUUUCUCUCAAUGAGGCCAGCGGGGAUCAUGCACUGAAAUUCAUCUUCUAUGAAUUACUCACACGUUAUGAUCUGAUCAGCCGUUUCAAGAUCCCCAUUUCUGCCCUUGUCUCAUUUGUGGAGGCCCUGGAAGUAGGAUACAGCAAGCAUAAAAAUCCGUACCACAAUUUAAUGCAUGCCGCCGACGUUACGCAGACUGUGCAUUACCUCCUUUAUAAGACAGGGGUAGCGAACUGGCUGACAGAGCUGGAGAUCUUUGCUAUCAUCUUCUCAGCUGCCAUCCACGACUAUGAGCACACUGGAACCACCAACAAUUUCCACAUUCAGACACGGUCUGACCCUGCUAUUCUGUACAACGAUAAGUCUGUAUUAGAAAAUCACCAUUUAAGUGCAGCUUAUCGCCUUCUGCAAGAAGAUGAGGAAAUGAAUAUUUUGAUCAACCUCUCAAAGGAUGACUGGAGGGAGUUUCGGACCUUGGUAAUUGAGAUGGUGAUGGCCACGGACAUGUCCUGUCAUUUCCAACAAAUCAAAGCAAUGAAGACUGCUCUGCAACAGCCAGAAGCAAUUGAAAAGCCGAAAGCAUUAUCCCUGAUGUUGCACACGGCGGACAUUAGCCAUCCUGCAAAAGCAUGGGAGCUCCAUCAUCGCUGGACAAUGUCACUCCUGGAGGAAUUCUUCAGACAGCUUGCCAUGGGUACAGAGGAGAAGGCCAAGAAGGAAGCAGAGGAAAAAGCUCGCCUGGCUGCAGAGGAGAAGCAAAAGGAAAUGGAAGCCAAAAGCCAGGCUGAAGAAGGCGCGGCUGGCAAAGCCGAGAAAAAGACAUCUGGGGAAGCUAAGAAUCAAGUCAAUGGAACGUGCACAAACAAAAGCGACAACCCUUAUGGGAAAAAUUCCAAAGCUGAGAAGUCCUCAGGAGAAAAACAACAGAAUGGUGAGUACAGUUUCACUGGUGAAAGGCUCUUUUCGGGGUGUUAA